UAUUUUUUAAUCCGUCACGAACGCACUUUUUCGUGCUCUUGUGUUUCCGUCCCGCCGAGUGUCAAAUAAUUUGCAUUUCUCGACCAUCAUCGUUUUAUUUUCGUUUCGUCUCUAAUUGCAAUUAACUUUAAUCUCGCAAUUUGGUUACGUGCAAAAUUGAAGCGUAAUGGAGGACGCAGAGUUCAAGUGUGAAGUCUGUGAAGAUGAGUUUGCAUCGAAGGCAGAUCUGAAGAAGCAUAUGCAAGACGCACACAAAAGCUCUGGCUACACGUGUGAGCUUUGCCCGAAGGUGUUCUUCCGUGAACCGGACCUGCUGGAACACUUCAACUCGGCGCAUAAGUCUGAUUAUAACAGACACACGUGUCACAUCUGCGGAGUCUCCUACAAGUGGUUCAAGUUCCUCGAGCACCACAUCAAGAAGAUCCACAAGGUGGAGAGCCUGAUUCAGUGCCCCAAGUGUGGUGAAGAGUUCUACAACAGCCUUGCGUUCCAGAAGCACACGAAGCUCAAGCACGUCGGUGGACGACCGUUCCACAAGUGUAGUAAGUGCUUUAGGAGUUUCACGGCCAAGACUUUUGUGCAACUGCAUGACAAGUUUGACCACAACCCCGGAGGCCUCAAGCACUUCCAAGCGUAUGUGAACGAGAAUCUAAACUUGGAUGAUAAAGAGCUUACAACAUCUAUGAAACGUUGUGUUCGUUGCAAUUUGGAGUUUUCUAGUGCGAUGUAUCUGUUCAAGCAUUUGAAGUAUGUGCAUAAUAAGAAGACGUACUACAAGUGUUGCAAGUGCAACGAUGCUGUGUACUGUACGAGGGCUGGUCUCACUAUACACCUGCAUUUUGAACAUGGCGUCUCGCGCGGCCAUAAGUGUAAUAAGUGUAUGACUAAAUAUUCCAAACUUACUAAGAGCAUUGCAAGGAAGCUUAAGGUUAAAGCUGAAAAGGCUAUUAUCAACAAUACUGAGCAGAAAUCCGAGGAAAAUCAACCACCAUGGUCUAAACUCUUUGUCAAAGAUGUACUGCCGAGUGAUGUCGAGCUCAAUGAUGCUACUGAAGUAGAACUGAAAAAUCUUAAGAGCAAUAUUAAGAAUCUUUUUACUAUUUUGUCAACUGUACCUCCUUCCAAAUUGGUUGGCAACGUCAGUCGCGAUCUAGCCACUGAAUCGGUGUUUUCCUUCAAUAAAUUCAAAGGUGGUCAAAAUGAUAGUCAGAGAAAAUAUAACGUACUUACUGUAGAUGAAAAAGUUGCAGUUGUUAUGUCUACUAUAGACGAAAUCGAAAGCAAAAAGACUGGGAAAGUUUCCGUUAAGGAAGAAGCCACGUUUGUAUGUAAUGAUUGUGGGUCAACAUUCGCAUUUAAAGAGUCAUUGAUUGAACACAUUCAAGAGGAACAUGAAACGAAACAUCAUGCCAAUGCGACAAAUGCAACAGAAGAAUCAAAUUAUGGAUUCAAUUAUGAAGACGUUGAUGAAUCAUCACUUGUAAACAACGAAGACCUAGGCUUUGAUUAUGAUACGAUUCCAAUAGUCAUUGAACAAAUAGAUGAUGACAUAGAGCUACAAGCCCGGUAUAGCGAAACUGAAACUCGAAGAAGUUACAAAUGUAAUGCGUGCGAAACUGAAUACGAAGACCAACUGCAGCUGCUGAAUCAUUUGACAGAAUGCCACAUAAAUGUUGAAAAUAAAAUGGUAGAAACAGUGUACAAAUGUGUAACGUGUAGUUCAGCAUUCAGGACUGAAGAGACACUUAACGAACACAUGAAAUAUCAUCUAGUGGCAAAACGUGAAAUUUUGCCGAGCAUAUGCGAUAGGUGCGAUAGAAGUUUUAUUGAUAAACGCGCGUUGACGUUGCACCGGUACCGUUCUCACGGUAUGAAAAAUUUAUACGCGUGUAAAACCUGCGAUUUUAAACAUUCAAAUAAGAGGAUGCUUCGCGGCCAUAUUUGCGUCGAUAACUACCGGUAUAAUUUUGCUGACAUUAUAGAAGGCUCUAAGAACAUAUCUGGAGUUACAGAUGAAAUUAUGGAUUUGACGGAAAAUGAAAAUAUAGAGGACGAAUCUCUAGAUUCAACCACAAAUGACAUGGAGCUGUACAACGGUCAUGAAGAGUCGACUAGUACUGAAACUGCGCUCGAAACUUCUGUUAACAUUGCUGAAACCAGCAACUCUACAUGCGACAAAGAAAACGCGAGAAAAACACCCGAAAUCGACUAUCAAAAAAUGAAAUACCAACUUCUCAAAAUGUGCAAAAAAGAAAUUGAACUGAAAAAAGGCUUGCAAGAUCCCAAGAGAGUUUACAAAUGUCUAAAGUGCGACAAUAGAUUUCCCAAACGGGCUCUCCUGCUCGCGCACAUAAAGAACGAUCACAAAAUCCAUUUGUUCAAACUACACAAGUGUGAUAAGUGCUUUGCCGUUUUCAAGAUGGAGGACAAACUCAAACAGCACAUCAAGUUAAAACACAAAACGAUGCUACAAGCGACCGGCUUACCCGUUAUCAAGAUAAACAAAUCUAAAUUAUCACCGAUAAAAAUGGAUAAUCAAAAGCUACCGAAUAUCUUAUCAAGCAUAUUUCACAAUUGUAAAAUAUGUCAUUCUUACUUUCCGUCAAGUGAGUUGUUGCAACGCCACAUCCAGUGGGAGCAUACGAAGAAUGUCAAUCUGCACAAAUGUGGACAAUGUAAUCAAGUUUUGUUCACCGUUGAGGACUUGGAGUUGCACAUGAACACCACUCACAAUAAAGAAGACAAGAAAAUCAAAUGGAAAAAACAAAUUGUUAUCAACUACGAACAACAGACUGAUGUUUGAUAUAUUAAAUUCUACUAUGAACAUCAUGCCACCGUGUGGUGUCUUUUUUUUACAAACGAGUACAGUUCCCCAAAAUUGAUAUGCGCAUAGAAAUCUUCGUAAUUGUUCGGCAACGGUCGUACGGAGAACUGUACUAAGUAAUGUCUCGCACAUUUCCGAUAUUUGUCAGAGUGACAUGGGUCAUUGUUAAGGGAGUUGCCUACACUUUAGAGUUCUGUUUUUCAAUGAUUUAGGUUGAUUACGUACAGUACAAUAGCAGCACAGUAAAAAAAAAUGUUGUUCCCGAAUGAGUUGGUUCCCGAUUUUGCUGCAAGACUUCAGUGGUGGCGCCGACUCUAUAUUUCCGGAAAUUCAGUUUUAUGUGUACUGCGCCCAGGCAACAUACCAGGUUUUACCUCUGGUAUGUUGCCCAUUUUUUUUACUGUGCUGCUAUUGUACUGUACGUAAUCAACCUAAAUCAUUGAAAAACAGAACUCUAAAGUGUAGGCAACUCCCCUAACAAUGAUCCAUGUCACUCUGACAAAUAUCGGAAAUGUGCGAGACAUUACUUAGUACAGUUCUCCGUACGACCGUUGCCGAACAAUUACGAAGAUUUCUAUGCGCAUUAUCAAUUUUGGGGAACUGUACUCGUUUGUAAAAAAAGACACGACACGUAGGCAUGAAAUUGAAUAAAAAUUCCGCUCAUACAAUUUCAUUGGACGAUUAUUGCCUCGCUAGCCCGCUCCGCUCUGGUGGACCGGCAGCCUAAAUGGAGAGUCUGAAUAGCAAUAUUAUAAUUGAACAGUCUGUUACUAGAAUGUGUCAUAAAUGGCUGGUUUUUUUCUGUUUGUAAAUCAUAUUUGCUAAGUAAUGAUGCAUAUUUACCACGUUCGUCAACAUAAAAUACCUUAUUCUUUGGUUAUACGAUGUUACUUGUGUCGAGCGAUAUUCACGAAUCAUGACUAAUGUUUGUCAUUUUGUCGUGUAUGGAUGUUAAAUAUGUAAUUAUAAUUUUAAAUUAGCAGAAGCAAAUUCAUGGUAAUUGUACAAUCCAUGUAUGCUUUUAGGUUAUGGUUUUUGAGAGUAUUUUCUUUUGAGAUUUGCAAUGUCUUUGUAUUAUAUGAAAAUAUUGUUUCUAUUUAUUUCAAUUAUGAUAUCUUUUAUGUCUAUGAUUUAGUUAAGAGAUAUCCACCAGGUUAUUCUAAAUUUAUGUUUACUCUUUUCACAUGGAAGCAUAACUGUAGGCAAAUGCAAUUCAGUAAAAUUUUGCGCCCUAGAAGUGAAGACGACAGACAAAGAUGGCGUCGGAUGAAAACAUAUUUCUUGUACCAAAUGAAUAGACAAGUGCAUACAGAAUGGCGUUUUAUCAGCAAUAUACCUUAUGACUGGACUACAUGAACAUCUUCUAUAAGCAACUU